AUGAAUGAUAAUUCAAUAAAAAUAAAUGACAACACGUUAAGUAUGGAAAACUGGAUAGAGCACCAAACGAUAGGAAAUGAUGAAAAUGGGGAAAAAAACCUAAACGAGAGGAACAAAGAAGACAAGCAUAACGACUCGGAAAGCAAAGCACAACUAGAGGUAGGUAAAAAAAAGGAAGAUUUGAAGAGACAAGAUGAAAAUGACAGCGAAAUUGCCAUCAAGAAAGAAAUCAACAAAAUAAAUGAAUGUGCUAAUUGCAACAAUUUGGAUGCAACGAAAGAUUAUACAAUUAUUGUGCCCCCAAGGAAAAAAAUGAGAAACAUGACAAAUGAAGAGGUCGAAGGGGGAAAUCGAAUCGGUGGAAAGGUCAACGGGGAGGAGGGUUUCAUUCCAGCAGGCAAAGACCACAGUAGUGAACAGGAGUACAUCACGGAAUCGCUGCAAAGCAGUUCCUUCGAUUUGAAGCAUAAAAACAAGAAGUUAAAAAAAAAGAGCAUUUGCGAUGGUAGCAAGCGGGAGAACGGCCAAGGGGGGAAAAGUGGAAAAAAUAAACCAAACGGAAAAAACAAACCAAAUGGAAAAAAUAGACCCAAAGGGAAAAAUGCGCAAUAUGAGAAGAAGUAUGACCAGACGGUCGACCAGUCGAGUGAUGAGGGAGGAGCUGGAGACAGCAGCGAAGGAAGCGGCGAAGGAAACGGUGAAGGAAGCGGCGAAGGAAGCGGCGAAGGGAGCAGCGAAGGGAGCAGCCGCAGAGAGGACGACUUAAGUAACUCCCUUUCGAAGAGAAAAGGCAAAAAAAAGGACAAGCAGAAAACACGUAACAUGUUAAGGGAAAAGCUAAACAAAACGAAGAAAAUUAACUUUAAGAAGGAAAAAAAUAACACCAAAAAUGACAAACAGAGAUAUGCCAAAUAUAAGAGAAGCAAAGAAAACAUCAAGAUGACCUUCGACGUGACCAGCCGCUUUACAGUCCUUGGUUGUGACUGGGACAAUAUUUCCAGUGCCGACAUUUUCUACCUCUUUGAGUCAUAUUACAAUUUUGAAAAGAGGAAAAAAAAAAACAUAGAUUAUACCAAAAGUAGAGCUGUGAAGAAGGUCACUAUAUACACCUCGAAAUAUGGGGAAAAGAAGCUCAAGCAGGAGAAGAAACAUGGACCAAAAAUUAAUUUAGACAUCCUAAAGUUGAAGAGGAAAGGUGACGGAGCUGUGUAUAGGCACAACAACUUUCUAGAUUACUUUCAGGAUGAAGAGGAUGAUGAGGAUGAUGAGGAUGAUGAAGAUAAUGAGGAUGAUGAGGAUAAUGAGGAUGAUGAGGAUAAUGAGGAUGAUGAGGAUAAUGAGGAUGAUGAGGGGGCGCUGAGCUCAAGUGAGGACGGCAACAGCAGCAGCCGGGGCGCCGAAGACAGUGCCAAUAAUGACGAAAGCGUCGAGAGUGACGAAAGCGAAGACCUGGACGGUAGUGACGAUCGAGACGACAGCACAGGCGACGACGAAAGUGCGGACUCGGACAACAGCGCAGGCGACGGCGCAAAAGGUAAGAAGGCGCCCACGAAGGAGAGCACAAAGGCGAAAACAGAUGGGAGGGACUCUUCCAAGGCCAAACUUAAAAAAAAACGAAACGAGCAAGCCAUUUUGCACACCAGCCUCAGUGCCGACGAGGAGGAAGAAAAUGAAAAAAUUCGACUGUACCAAAUCCAGCGUUCAAGAUACUAUUUCGCAGUAGUAGAAUGCUAUAAUAAAGAAAUAGUGGAAUUUUUAUAUGAAGAAUUAAACGAUAUGGAUGCAGAUUUUUGCAUCAAUUAUUUAGAUCUUAGGAUAAUUGAUGAUAAGUGCUCCCUUGAUGAUUAUAAAGUGAAAGAGGCAUGCAGUAAGAUACCUGAUAAUUAUCAAUUCCAUUAUAGCGUGAGCACACCUUUAAAACAUACUCAUGCCAAGUCAACAUGGGAUGAAAAUCCCAAGAGGAAAAAACUUCUGUCCACGAGGUUUAGUGAAGAAAAGCUAAGAGAACUGGACCUGAAGGAGUAUCUAGCUAAUUCUUCAUCCAGCGAUGAGGAAGAGGAGGAAGAAGAGAAGGAGGAGGAGGGAGAAAAUCACAACAAGGAUAACUCACCACUUAACAAAAGGGAAAAAUACAAUAGAGAAUAUUACAGAAAGCUGCUCCUUGGCGAUUGGUUAAACGAAGAUGACACACAGAGUGCGCAAAAGGAAGAGCCCAAUUGGGGAGUUCCCAAAACUAGUGGCAAAGGUACACGUGGAGACGACGUUAGCAAAAUGAACUUCUCCAUGUACUUGGACGAAAUGGAGGAAGAAAUUGUAGGCAAGGAGGGAGUGAUCAAUUUAUCGAAAGAGAGAAGUUAUGCCUCGAAUAAGAACGCGGAUGGAAGCAUCACGAACGAGUUAACUGAAAGUUACCAUGAAAAAGGUGGUGAAAAAAAUAAGCAUAAAGUGAAAGGAAGCGCCGCUGCCACACCCACUGCCAAGGAGGCGGACGACGCUGAUGACGCUGACAAUAGCGACAAAGAAAACGAAGUCGUUCAAGUUUUCAAAAACAUGCUAAAAAAUAGGGAGCAAAAGGAAGAAAAGAAAAAUCCGUGGGACAAGUACCUAGAUAGGGUGAGACAGAAAAAGAAAUUAAAGAAAAAGGCCUAUUUGGAAUCCCUAAAAAAGAAAGAUGAAGAAAUAAAAAAAAUCAUAACGAAAAAAACAAACAAAAGAAAAAAAGAUGUCAUGUUUAAGAGCCACGGAGAAAACCUCCUAGAAAAAGUAAAUGAUGGCCAUAUAAUUGAUAGCAGAUUUGCUGACUUGUACAAAAAUAAAGAUUUUAAUUUGGACAUCACGAACCCGAACUUUAAGAAGACCAAAUUUAAUGAAGACAUCCUUCAGAAGAAGAAUGCAAAUUUAAAGUGUUUAUUUAUUUGCGUGCAAGUGGGCACGCGCGUAGUGAUAUGCUGUUGGGCAAGCACUGAGUUGCGCCCGCAAAUAUGCCGUUAA